AACAUUGCUUGUGUCGAUAUCCGCUGUGCGAUUCCUACCUACUAGCAGACAUAGACACAGACAGCCAUUGUUUCGAAUUGCGUGCAGUGAAACGGAACAGGCUACUUCCGCUGACCUUUGACACUCCACGUCAUCGUCGCGUUUACCCUAUCGAUAUCAAGACCGCAGCGGCUUCUGCAACAAGCAACAAGCAACAAGCAACAACAAUCGCUAAGGUUUCAAGAGUACAGAGAUGGCCGCGGUGUUUGGCAACGGUGGUCAAGGGGGCCAGUUCCCACUCGAGCAAUGGUUCUACGAAAUGCCGCCCUGUACACGAUGGUGGACAGCUGCCACCGUGGCCACGUCGGUUCUGGUACAAUGUGAGGCCGUGUCGCCGAUGUCGCUAUAUUACAGUUUACCCGCUGUGUAUAUACGAUCGCAGUACUGGCGUCUAAUAACCACAUUCCUCUACUUUGGCCCUCUAAACCUCGAUCUCCUAUUCCACGUCUUCUUCCUCCAACGCUACUCCCGUCUCCUCGAAGAAUCGUCCGGCCGCUCCCCGGCUCAUUUCUCCUGGCUACUCUUCUACGCCAUGAGUUCCCUACUCAUCCUCAGUCCCUUCGUCUCUCUCCCUUAUUUAGGGCAAGCCCUCUCCUCAACUCUAGUCUACAUCUGGAGUCGUCGAAACCCAGAUACACGACUGAGCUUUUUGGGAUUGUUGGUCUUUACGGCUCCGUAUUUGCCGUGGGUGUUAAUGGCAUUCCAUUUUUUGGUGCACGGUACAGUGCCCAAGGAUGAUAUCUGUGGAGUGGUAGUGGGUCAUGUGUGGUAUUUCUUUUCAGAUGUCUAUCCAUCGUUGCAUGGUGGUCAUCGACCUUUGGACCCGCCGGGGUGGUGGAGGAGGAUUUUUGAGGGUGGUAGCAGUAAUACCAGGACGGAUGCGAUUCGCGAUACGCAAGCUGCUAAUAUCAAUCAAGAUAUUGCGGCUGCUGCUGCGCCGGAGGUGCGAUAAGUGGUUAGAAGUUGGACAAGAACCUUGCUUUACCUGCUUGUAAGGCAUCUCACUCGCAAUUUUUGCAUAUUUUCUAGGUGUUUUGCGUCGGGCUUGAUACCAUAUGUUGGCAAAACAAUAAGGCUGGAGUUUUCGUUUUUCAUCUCUCUUUCUCUCUCAUCUGCGUAAUUCAUUGUCAUUUGCGAAAGAUAGCAUGUUAGGCGUUUUUGCAUGUACGAUAUUUAGCAUAUCGAUAGUCAAUCUGAUUUGUUUGGACUGCUCGU